AUGUUCAUAUCUGCUGAAGGAGAAACUCUUGUACUGCCAAAGAAAAUCCGUAUAAGAAGUGGUAUAGAACAAUGGCUGGUAAAUGUAGAGAAAACCAUGUUUGAUCUAGUAAAAAAAUUUGUAAGUCAAGGAGUUGAUGACUGGUACUACCAACAGUUUUCCCUAUGGGUGCUGUCUCAUCCAGGACAAGUGGUACUCACUGUGAGCAAGAUCAUAUUUUAUAACGAUUGUAUCAAAAGUUUUGUGAGUUCUCAUCCAAAAAAAGAGGUGGAAAAAGUCCAUGCUGGUAUGAUACAUAGUCUAGAAGAGGUUGCAGAGUUGGUGGUGCUGGAUACUCACAACUCUCGAGCAAAAGUUGUACUAGGGGCAUUGCUUACCCUGUAUGUUCACUGCAGAGACAUAGUGAGAGAUUUACUACUCAAAAGUAUUUUCAAUGCAGAUGAUUUUGAGUGGACAAGACAUUUGCAAUAUAAAUGGAAUGAGAAACAAAAGUUGUGCUAUGUAUCUCAAGGAGAUGCCAGCUUUACAUAUGGCUAUGAGUACUUGGGCUGUACCCCAAGACUGGUGAUUACACCUCUCACUGACAGAUGCUGGCUAACUCUCACCGGAGCACUACACUUGAACUUAGGAGGUUGCCCUGCUGGUCCAGCUGGUACAGGAAAAACUGAGAGUGUUAAAGAUCUAGCAAAAUCCUUAGGCAAACAUUGUGUAGUCUUCAACUGUUUUGAGAAUUUGGAUUAUAAGAUAAUGGGGAAAUUCUUCUUUGGACUGGUUGAGACAGGAGCUUGGUGUUGUUUCGAUGAAUUCAAUCGAAUUGAUGUGGAAGUUCUCUCUGUGAUUGCCUCACAGAUGCUAACAAUUAAGGCAGCAAAAGACAGCUAUUCUGUCAGGUUUGUACUGGAAGGAAAAGAAAUUCGUAUAAAUAUGUCUUGUGCAGUAUUUGUCACCCUAAAUCCUGGAUACAAAGGUCGAGUGGAACUCCCAGAUAACUUAAAAUCUCUGUUUCGCCCAGUGGCAAUGAUGGCUCCCCAUUAUCAAAUGAUUGCUGAAGUAAUGCUGUUUUCUGUUGGUUUCAAAUCUGCAAAAUUACUUUCUGGAAAGCUAGUUAACAUUUAUGAAUUAGCUAGCAAGCAACUCUCGCAACAGGACCAUUACGAUUUUGGCCUGAGGUCUCUGAAGACAGUUUUAGUGAUGGCUGAGAAGAAGAAACGGGAGCUUAAAUGUGACAUUUCUGAAACAGAGGAAACUCUGAUAAUUAUUGAAGCUAUGAGAGAAGCUAGCUUACCGAAAUUUCUUCCUAAAGAUGUCCUACUUUUUGAAAAGAUUAUGAGAGAUGUUUUUUGUGGAGCGACAGUUUCGAAAGUAAAUCAGAUUGUCUUGGAGAAACUAGUAGAGAUUGCAACACAACAGUUGGGCUUACAACAGUGGCCAGCUCAAAAAGAGAGAAUCAUACAGUUUUAUAAUCAACUUCAGGUUUGUGUUGGUGUGAUGUUAGUGGGUCCAACAGGUGGGGGAAAAACAACAGUCAGAAGAAUUUUAGAAAGAGCAUUAACACUAUUACCAGUUGAAGAAUUCCUAUUGACUGAGGAAAGGGACUCUAUUUCACAGAUUUCAGGAAGAAGAGGUAAAAUAGAUAUUUGUAUUUUAAAUCCAAAGUGUAUCACUCUCAGUGAACUAUAUGGACAUCUGGAUCCUAAUACUAUGGAAUGGGCUGAUGGAUUAUUAUCAGCAACAAUUCGGAAUUAUGUAUAUUUAAACACUACAAAAUACUCAAACAAAGACAGCGAAUCAAAAAUCUCAGAUUCCGCUAAUGUUUUCAAGCUUGAUUUCUCUGAUAUGGCAGAUUCUGAUUAUCAUAUUUUUAAGAAGGAGAUGGAGAAAGAUAUUAAAAUUCCAGAAAGUCAAAACUUUGAUUGGCAGUGGAUUGUCUUAGAUGGUCCAGUGGAUAACUUCUGGGUAGAAAAUCUAAAUUCUAUGCUAGAUGACACUAGGACGCUGUGCUUAGCAAACAGCGAGAGAAUAACUUUGACUAGUAAAAUCAGAGUGAUCUUUGAAGUGGACAGUCUAGCUCAAGCUAGUCCUGCUAUUGUCAGCCGAUGUGCAAUGGUCUAUAUGAAUCCUGUUGAUCUGGGAUGGGAGCCUUAUGUUAAGUCAUGGCUUCUGAAAAAUUCUAAAAUUAUGAAUAAAUCAUUAGUGGAUUGUCUUGAAUUCAUGAUUAAAAGUAGUGUCACAGAUGGACUACAGUUUAUAAAGAAACAUCAGAAAUUUCAGCCAUUUCCUGUACAAGACAUAACAAUUGUUACAACUCUCUGCAGAAUUCUUGAUGCAUUCUUCGAAUUCAUGAGUAAAACUGGAAUCUUUGAACUACGUGAAGAUUUGAAGGACAUUUCAUCUGAGGAGAUAAUUUCACGUUCAAAAGUUUCUGUCAAAUUCAAAGAUAUGGAAAACAGGGGAGAAAAUGCCUGGCACAUGGAGAAAAAUCCUAUUAAGUUGAAAAAAACAAUUCAAAAGCUUUUUGUGUUUGCAUUUACUUGGGCAUUUGGAGGAACUUUACAACGUGAAGAUGAACAUGAAGAUGAUAUAAUAUUUUAUCCAAGUUCUGAACCUGAUUCACCUGCAAGAGUAACUUAUGAUUUUGACAAUCUUGUUCGUGAAUUAUUUGAAAGCAAUGCACAAAUAGGUAUCAACCUUCCAAAUGGUGAACAUUCUAUCUUUGCAUAUUUUGUGGAUAUACAGCAAUGUGAAUUUAUACCAUGGUCAGAAUUACUUCCUAAUAUUCAGACACUAAUACAAAGAGGAACUUCAAUACUAGCCGAUACUCAAGGAUCCAGUGAAAAUCUCUUGAAGAUGACAGAAUGUGGAGAGAGCAUUAAUUAUAUUGCUACCAGAGACACAACAUGCCUUUCUUUUCUUGUAAGCCUCCUUUUAAAGAAUUCCUGCCCAGUACUUCUCACAGGAGACUUUGGAGUUGGAAAAACUGCUGCCAUUAAUCAAAUGCUUGAAAAGUUAGAGGGCUCAGGAGCACUUGAUGUGAAAUAUGGAUCAAUUUUAGGAGAAGUCCUAUUAUAUAAUGAAAUUAAAAAAUCAAGGUUCUUCAAACAGAAUAUCAGCAUCUUGCUUUCUGAAACUCAUAAGACAGCAACUGGAGGGCUAGAUAAGAUUACUAAAAAGGCAGAAGUUAAAGCUGGUGAAAGUUCAUUUAAAAAUGAUAAUAAAGGAAUUAUAGUCUCUGCAAUAAAUUUUAACAUCAAUACGUCAGCUGCCAAAACUAAGGAGAUGAUUCUUAAGAAGUUAGUAAGAAGAUCUAAAGACUCUCUUGGAGCACCAAAAAAUAAUAGGAUUGUAAUUUUUAUUGAUGAUCUGAAUAUGCCAGAAUCAGAUAUGUAUGGAGCACAGCCACCCCUGGAGUUAAUCAGACAAUUAUUAGAUAUGGGAGGAAUUUAUGAUACUGAAAAAAUUACAUGGAAGAAUAUCCAAGAUGUCUCUCUAGUUGCAGCUUGUGUUUUUCCAGUUAGUAGGAGGUAUAUUAGCCCACGUCUGCUCAAACAUUUUUCCAUUCUGGUAUUGCCUCAUCUCCCACAAACUGCCAUAAAAACUAUUUUCCAGGUUCAUUUGGGAAUGUAUUUCUCUAUCAAUAAUUUCAUACCAGAAGUUCAGAAAACUAAGGAUCAAAUAAUAUCUUGCUCUCUAGCUGUAUACUAUCAAGUAUGUCAGACUAUGUUACCAACUCCAAUGAAAUGUCACUACAUGUUUAAUCUUCGAGAUAUAUUUAAGCUUCUUCUAGGUCUGCUGCAAGCUGACAAGUUUGUUGUUAACUCCAAAGAGAUGGCUGCUCUGUUCUUUGUUCAUGAAGCCACCCGAGUGUUUCAGGAUCGCUUACUUGAACAAGCUGAACAGGUGCUUUUCUAUCAGAUUCUUUCGAAAGAAGUCGAGAAUUAUUUUCAGAUUGGAAUAGAUGGAUGUGGAAAAGAAACUUGUGCAACUCUGGCCUGUUAUUUGGCAGAACACAAAAUAUACCGGGUACCUUUAUCUCACAAUUAUGCCUACUUAGAAUUCAAAGAAGAUUUCAAAAAAGUGUUCAUGCAAGCAGGAUUAGAAGGCAACCCUUCUGCUUUGAUAGUUAGUAAUUUGAACCUAGAUCAAGAAUUAUUUAUGGAAGAUUUGAACAGCAUUAUUAACCUGGGGAAAAUACCUGACUUGUUUGAAAAUGAAGAGCUGGAUGCGAUUGCCCUCAGGCUUAGAUCUCUUGCCGAAGAGUCUGGUUAUGUUGAUAAUAGGCAAAUUUUACUUUCGUUAUUCCAAAAGAGAAUACAUAAAAAUCUUCACAUUUUUAUGACCAUGAGCCCUACAAGACCUAACUUUCACCAAAACUGUAGACUAUAUCCUUCCCUGAUCAGCUCCUGCACGGUUGAUUGGUAUGAGAAGUGGCCAGAAGAAGCUCUCCUGAUUGUAGCUGACGCUUUCUUAAGAGAAAAAGUGGAUAUCAAGAGCAGAGAGAGCUUAAAAGAAAAACUUGCCCCAACAUGUGUCCAAAUCCACAGAAGCAUAAAAGAGUUGAACAUAAAAUACUUUCAAACAACUAGAAGGCCUUAUUAUAUCACUCCCAGUAACUACUUGCGAUUCAUGGAUACAUUUGCCUACAUUUUGAAGUCCCGAGAGAAGGAAAUGCAAAAGAAGAGGGAACGUUUCCAUAUGGGCCUAUCCAAGAUCCUGGAAACAACUGCUUUAGUUACAGAUAUGCAGGAGGAGCUCUUGAUUCUUGGCCCUCAAAUAGAACAAAAAACAAAGGAGAAAGAAAUCCUAAUGGAAAAACUACAGAAAGAUUCCCAAGUGGUUGAGAAAGUUCAAAUGCUUGUUAAACAGGAUGAAGAAAUCAUGGCAGAAGAAGUAAGAAUCGUAGAAGAGUAUGCUCAGAAAGCUGACAAAGAAUUAAAAAGUGUACUGCCAGCUCUCGACAAGGCAUUUGUGGCUCUAAAUGCCCUGGAUAAAGCUGAUGUCUCUGAAUUAAGAGUAUAUACACGGCCUCCUUACCUUGUACUGACUGUCAUGAAUGCAGUUUGUAUUCUUCUGCAAAAGAAACCUAACUGGACUACAGCAAAGUUACUUCUUUCAGAAACUGGUUUCCUAAAAAAAUUGAUUAACAUUGACAAGGACAACAUACCUGAGAAGGCUUUCAUAAAACUGAAGAAGAUUUUAGUCUUACCUGAUUUCAACCCAAACAAGAUUGCUCUAGUUUCUGUUGCUUGUUGCUCUAUGUGCCAGUGGGUUAUAGCUUUGAAUAACUACCAUGAAGCACAGAAGAUGUUGGGCCCUAAGCAAAUCCAAGUGGCUGAAGCUCAAAAUGUCCUAAAAAUUGCACAACAAAGGUUGGACGAAAAACAAAGAGGUUUACAGCUGGUUGAAGAACAUCUUCAGUUUUUGCAAGAAGCCUACAAAGAGAUUGUUGCUGAAAAAGAACUAUUAGCACAUCGAAGAAAACUGGCCACCAAGCGCUUACAGUGUGCAUCUAUCUUACUAACUGCCUUGGAAGAUGAGAAGACUCGAUGGCAAGAAACAAUUGAUCAAAUAGACAGCAAGUUGGAAGGAAUUUUGGGUGACAUACUAAUUUCAGCAGCAUGCAUUGUCUACAGUGGAGUGUUAACAGCAGAGUUUCGCCAACUGAUUGUGGAAAAGUGGCAGAAUCUUUGCACUGAAAACAACAUUUCUUUGUCUUCUGACUUUUCUUUAAUUGAAGUCAUGGCACAAAAACAUGAGAUCCGCCAGUGGCAUCAUCAGGGACUUCCUCUUGGUCAACAUUCAACAGAGAAUGCCAUCUUAAUCAAGAACGGCCUGCAGUGGCCACUGCUGAUUGACCCACAUAAGCAAGCACACAGUUGGAUCCGUCAGAUGGAAGGAUCUAGGCUGCAGGAGCUCUCCACUAAGGAUGGCAAUUAUAUCCAAACAAUUGAGAAUGCUAUGAAAACAGGAGGGAGUAUCCUCUUGCAGAAUCUUCCUGAAAGAUUAGAUCCAAGUUUAAAGGAAAUUUUGAAGAAGGAUAUUUACCAGAGAAGAGGUCAAUAUUUCAUAAAAAUUAAUGAUUCUGAGAUUGAAUACAAUUCCAAAUUUAGGUUAUAUGUAUCUACAGAAAUAGACAACCCCUAUUUUCCUCCAUUCCUCUAUAGUUUUGUUACUAUGAUAAACUUCACAGUAACAUUCCAAGGAUUUCAAGAUCAACUCUUAUCUAUUGUAUUAAGUCAUGAAGUUCCUCAUUUAGAAAAUCAACGUUUCCAGCUCUUAGAGAGUAUUUCCCUUGAUGCUAAGACUCUUGAAGAACUGGAACAAAAAACAUUAAAUUUACUACAGAAUGCACAAGGAUUUGUAUUAGAUGAUGAGGAAAUUGUAGACAUCUUAAGAAAAUCCAAGAUGACUUCAAACGAAAUUUCAAAGCGAAUCAAAGCAACAAGAAAAGCAGAAAGUGAAAUUGAAGAAACACGUAAAUUGUAUCUCCCCAUUGCUACUCGGGGUGCCCUGCUCUACUUUCUAGUGUCUAAUCUUGCAGAGAUUGAUUAUAUGUACCAAUUCUCCCUAGACUGGUUUCGUAAAAUUUUUGUUUCAUCAGUAGUUUCCAAAAGCAAAGAACAGGAAGAACACAGUCUGAAAAGGGAGAGAAUGUUUCUGAAAAAAGGUCAUGAAAUCACAAAUCUCUCAAAAGAGCCUAAAUUGGAAAGUGAAAAAAGAACCUUAGAUAGACAUCUUAAAAAUUCAAUAGAUACAUUGACAAGAAACAUUUUUAAGGUUGUCUCUUCAGCUCUGUUUAAUCGACAUAAACUUUGCUUCUCCUUUGGGCUUUGCAUUACAAUCAUGCAAAAUAAUGCUAAUGGAAAUUUAAUGCAGGAUGACGUUGGAUCUCUACCAGAGGAAGAAUGGAAUAUCUUCUUAAAUUCUAGCAUGCUAGUAAAUAUUAAAGGUGUAAUGCCCCAGCCUAAACUCAACAGCAUAUAUGAAACCUGUAAAAAUCAACAUCUUCAGUGGGUGUCAGAUUCCAGGUGGAAGCAGUGUCUUUAUAUCAGCAAUUCACUAGAGCCUUUUUCUCUUCUAUGUAAAUCCCUGUUAUCAAAUGUGUCACAAUGGAAUGCUUUUAAAAACAGUAAGGCUGUAUAUUUGCUGAUGAGCACAGCUUUCUCUUCAGAAAAUGCUUCCUUAGAGGAAAGUGAAAAAUCACCAGAGAUAGCUCAAGUUUUUAAUGAAAAUGAAGAAAUAUACAGUUCUAUAAAUUUUCCGUGGGAGAAACUCACUCCAUUUCAAAGACUUAUUUUGAUAAAAAUUCUUAGACCAGAAGGUUUAAAGAAUUCUGUGAAAAGGUUUAUAACUGAAAAAAUAGGAAAUGAAUAUAUUCACAGUACUGGAACCAGUUUGAAGGAAUCGUAUGAAGAAUCCAAUGCCAGAACUCCACUGAUACUUAUUCAUUCCCAUGGGAUUGACCUCACCAGUACUCUCCUGAAAUUUGCACAAGAGUUAAUGGGAACAACCAGUCAUGUGACCAUGAUUUCUUUGGGCCGUGGCCAGGCAGCUAAAGCAGAAGCCCUCAUUGUUAAGGCCUUAACCAAAACAGAGCAAUGGGUCUUCCUCCAGAACUGCCAUCUUGCAGCAUCGUUUAUGCCAAGGCUCUGCACUAUUGUAGAAUCAUUUAAUAGUCCAGAUAUGACAAUAGAGCCUAAGUUCAGGCUAUGGUUAAGCUCAAAAUCAGACAGUUCUUUCCCAAUUUCUAUCCUUCAAAAGAGUUUAAAGAUUGCAGUGGAAAAUCCCCAGGGACUGAAAAAUAAUUUACUUCAGACAUUUGGAUACAGUGGGAGUGGAGAGGUAACAGAAGAGUUAUUUGAAAAACCUGACUGUGGACCAUGGUGGAAAAAAAUUUUAUUCAGCUUGUGUUUCUUCAACGCUCUGAUUAAUGAAAGAAAAAUUUAUGGAAUAUUGGGCUGGAAUAUUGCAUAUGCAUUUAGUUCUUCAGACUUGGAGGUUGCCAUAAAGGUGUUGGAAAAUAUCCUGAGUGCUCAGUCCAGUAUUCCUUGGCAGACACUGCAGUACCUGAUUGGGGAGGUGGUUUAUGGUGGCUGGGUGACUGACAGCUGGGACAGGCGAUGUUUAAACACCCUUCUCUACAAAUUUUGUAAUCCUGAAGUGCUAAAAGAUGACUUCAGUUUCUCUACUGAUGAGCCACUGCCAAAAUCUGGAAGCAUGAAGGACUACAUACGCAUUAUCCAGUCCUUACCUGAUGACGACCCUCCUGAGCUCCUAGAAUUACACCCUGAGGCCACAAGGGGUUUCAGGGAGAUCCAGGCCCAGAAGUUCAUUGAUGAUCUCAUUGCCAUGCAACCAAGAUUUACCAUCACUAACCUCAUGUUCAGUCAUGAGAAGAGCAAAGAUGAGCUGGUGAUGGAAAUUUUAUCAGACAUGCUAAAGCGGCUGCCAGUGUCUGUAGAGAAAGAAGAAUGGGCUGGAACUCCAAGCACACUGAAGUACAUCAUGUUAAGCCCCAUCUGGGAGUCUAUUCAUAAAGAUCCCAAAGGCUAUGAUCCACUUAUCCACUGUGUCCUACUAACCUUUUUGAUCCAAGAAAUUGAAAGAUUUGAUCAGUUGCUAUCUAUUAUACAUAAGUCUCUGAAAGAUCUUCAACUUGCUAUAAAAGGAGAGAUUAUCCUUACCCAAGAAUUGGAGGAAAUAUAUGACUCUCUUCUUAAUAUAAAAGUGCCCAAAUUGUGGCAGAAAUAUGCCUACAAGUCAUGUAAGGCCCUGAGUUCCUGGGUGAAUGACCUCAUCCAGAGGCUGAACUUCUUUAACACCUGGGCCAAAAUGGCGUACACCGCAAUGCAUCAUCGGUAUAUGAGACAUGUCACAGCUUGGAAGCACUGCAGCACAUCACCUAGCCAAGACCCCAAAUACCCCACUGAGCAAAAUAGUGAAUUCUCUGAAGGAUUUCCUGCAAGAUACUGGCUCCCAGCUUUCUUCUUUCCACAAGCCUUUCUUAUCACUGUGCUUCAAGACUAUGGACGGUCCCAAGGAAUCUCUACAGAUGCCCUGACUUUUACCCACCAUGUGAUCUCGGACACCACCGACGUCAAAGACGAGGAAUUCUCCAUAAUCAUCCAGAAGAAACUCAACAUAGUCAGGCGAGCCUUUAAGGGCACAGACCCCACACAUGUUGGAGUUCACGUCUUUGGUUUAUUCAUUGAGGGGGCAAGGUGGAAUCACAAAGAAAAAAUACUAGAAGACUCGCUACCUUGUGAGAUAUGUUGUGAUUUUCCUGAAAUAUACUUCUUGCCAACAAAGAUUCCUACUGAAAGAUCAAAUGCGUCUAAGCAGACAGAGCCAGAACUCUAUACUUUUGAAUGCCCAGUUUACCAGACACCUGAGAGGUCGAGUAUUUUGACAGCUGCUGGUUUAUCCUCAAACUUUUUAACAUCUGUGUACUUAUCCACAAAGAAACCUCCUAGUCACUGGAUCACAAUGCAGGUUGCACUGCUGUGUGAAGAGAAUGAAAAAUAA